UGAGGCACUGUUUGCAAUAGGAGGGGAAAAAUUCCUCCCAUCCCCAUGCUGCAACUAGAAAAGCCGAGAAACAUUGGCCCACUGAUAGACACAGCUUGUUACAAGCCACAGCAAGAUCCUCUGACGUGGUCAGCAGUAGGUCAAGUGAGACUCUGGACAGUCCUUCUGGCUUCAAAAUCUGUGAAUCCAGCGUGUUUGCCCCUGGACUCUGCUUCUGAGCUGUGCAAGGCUCUAGGGAAAUAGUCCCACAAGAGCUCACAACAGACACAUCGACAAAUCACUGACUGCAACUUCAGUCCCUUCAUUGCAGUCAUGAUGCAAGUCAGCUACACAGCCGGCUCUUCUUCAGGGACUAAUUAAUCAUUUUGGAUCUCCUCCUCUCAGUUCUCUCACAGUGUGAGGAGUGCACGACUCAGAGAAACCUGCACCCCUGGCAGCUAAAUACCACAGUGAUGGGGGUCAAGAGACUGGAGGCAGGAGUAGAUGGUGAGGAAUCAAGCUGUCCUGGCAUUGAAAGAUUUAAUGUAGAAAACUGAAGACAAAACCAUUAAGACGAGCACAGCAUCUCAAAAGGCACUGGGGAUGAUGAUGUCCAAUUGCACCACUGUGACUGAGUUCCUACUCCUGGGAUUCUCCGAUGCCCUGGGAUUGCAGAUAUUGCACUUGGCCAUUUUUCUAAUAAUAUACUUGGCAGCCCUGAUUGGGAACCUCCUUGUUAUCACUCUCAUAGCCUUUGACAGCCACCUCCACACGCCGAUGUACUUCUUCCUCAUGAAUCUGUCCAUCCUAGACAUCGGAUCCAUCUCUGUCAUUGUUCCCAAAUCCACAGCAAAUUCCAUACUGAACACCAGGUUGAUUUCCUAUUCUGGAUGUGUCACCCAAGUUUUUUUAGUCCUCUUUUUCAUUGCAGCAGACCUCGCCAUCCUCACCAUCAUGGCUUAUGACCGAUACAUCGCCAUCUGCAAACCACUGCACUAUGAGACAGUGAUGAACAGGAGAGCGUGUCUGCGAAUGGCAGCCACUGCCUGGAGCAGUGCUCUUCUGUUCUCUGCACUGCACACUGGUAACACCUUUAGGCUGCCCUUCUGCCACUCCAACAUCAUCAACCAGUUCUUCUGUGAAGUCCCCCAGCUCCUUAGGAUCUCUUUCUCUGAUGUGUUUACUAGUGAACUUCAGAUUCUUAUCGGUGGUGCAUUUAUAGGUGCUGGUUGCAUUGUGUUUAUAUUUGUGUCGUAUAUUCAGAUAUUCACUACUGUAAUGAGAAUAUCCUCUGAGCAGGCCUGGCAUAAAGUAGUUUCCACCUGCCUACCCCACCUUAUUGUAGUAUCACUGCUUGCUAGCACCGGUAUGAUUGCCUAUAUGAAGCCCACAUCUGGGUCCCCAUCAACUCUGGAUCUCAUGCUUUCAGUUCUGUAUUCUAUGAUCCCACCAACGAUGAAUCCAGUCAUCUACAGCAUGAGAAACAAGGACAUCAAAGCAGCACUCUGGAAACUGAUAGGAUGGAAGUGGUUUAUUCCACAGAAGAUGUCAGUGAUUCUUCAGUGACUGGGUUUACUGAACAUUUUUAUAGAAUCAGUCAACCGUGUUAUUAAUACAGAUUAAUUGAACAAAUGUCAGUUGUUUCUUUAGUUUUACACCAUUUUAAAUAGCCUUUGUAUCGAAUUUUAAGGUUGUGUCUCCGUGAACUAGUUAGUCUAUAAGAUGCUGCUGUGCCCUGCUAAUGCCUUUGUAUCUGUUGAAUUUUAUCUUUGAUGCUGAUGUUGUCAUUUGUUACUGCACUAUUAAAACAGCAUUUACAUGCCUCCUGUAUCUCCUAUAAUCCCUGGUUCUUUCUCUGUUCUGGAUUAAAACAUUUUCUUGAGGUUUGAUUAGUUGGGAUAUGGAAGGAGGGUACGAGAGUGUUUGAAAGGGGAGUGAUAGUGGUCUUUAGAGAGUAGG